AUGCUUGGUGACAACAAUGAGGUGUGCACUCUGAUUAACAACCUCGGAAGAGGAAUUUCCGUGGAUCGUGAAAGCUUUUACUUUACUACUCUUUCUGAGAGCCUCAAUAGCUACUGCAGAAAGCCUUGGAAGAAAUGGAAGGCAAAUUUGAGGCAAAAUUAUUUCAAUACACCUUGGGCAACUAUUUCUGUCAUUGCAGCUGUUUGCUCCUAA